UCUCUCAAGUAAACCCUCUCCCCCAAUUCUCCUCUCUCCUCUUUCCGAGUUAAAUUUAUUUAUAGAAAUAAACUAAUUAUUGUGGGGUUUUGAUAGAUCUUUGAAUCGUAUCGAUCCAAAACAUGCUUCUCACCAGGACUGAGUAUGACCGUGGAGUGAAUACAUUCUCUCCGGAAGGAAGAUUGUUCCAGGUGGAAUACGCUAUCGAAGCCAUCAAGCUGGGUUCAACUGCAAUUGGGUUGAAGACAAAAGAAGGUGUUGUGUUCGCUGUCGAGAAGCGUAUUACUUCGCCACUGUUGGAACCCAGUAGUGUUGAGAAAAUUAUGGAAAUUUAUGAGCAUAUAGGAUGUGCUAUGAGUGGGUUGAUUGCUGACGCACGCACCCUUGUUGAACAUGCACGAGUUGAGACUCAGAACCACAGAUUCUCGUAUGGUGAGCCAAUGACAGUUGAGUCCACAACACAAGCUCUUUGUGAUCUUGCUCUUCGAUUUGGUGAAGGAGAUGAAGAAUCGAUGUCCCGACCAUUUGGUGUAUCUCUUCUCAUUGCUGGUCAUGAUGAGAAUGGGUCUAGCUUAUACUAUACUGAUCCAUCUGGCACAUUUUGGCAAUGUAAUUCAAAAGCUAUAGGCUCUGGCUCUGAAGGUGCGGACAGCACUUUGCAAGAGCAGUUCAACCAGGACCUAACACUUCAAGAAGCCGAAACAAUUGCUCUGUCCAUUUUAAAGCAUGUAAUGAAAGAAAAGGUGACUCCCAACAAUGUCGAUAUUGCCAAGGUAGCACCGACGUUCCAUCUAUACACCCCUUCAGAGGUGGAAGCUGUCAUCAAUCGCCUAUGAGAAAUGCUUUGCGAUAAACUCUCCCCCAAUCCAUCCCUUGCAACAUGAGUUGGGGGAGAGGCUUGUGUUUGUUAAGGUGAUUAAAACUGUGAAUCCUUAUUUUUGGUAUGGUGCAAAACACUUCUACUCUUCAGUUGGAUAUUUUAAUUACCCCUGAUCAGAAAAAGAAAAAGAACUUUUGAA